CCAAGACACGGAAGAAGAACAAUUAAAGAAAGCAUUGGCGAUACAGGACCAAGGACAUAGGCAACAUUACAGGAAGGACUUCUUAAGUUACAGGAACAUGAAAGUGACAACCAGAUUGACAUGGAUAGAAGAGAAGAUUCUGGAAAAGCUGCUUGGGAAUGCAUCGUUGACUCUUCUUUAUCAGUCCAGUGCUCAUAAAAAUUGUGUUUCUGAGAUGACUCAGAAAUGUUCUCUUCAGGGAUCCACAAUGACAGUAUUUCACCUAAAGAACGAUGUUGUUGUGGGUGUUUUUAUGCUGGAGAAUUUUCCUAGGUUAGUCUCUGAAAAGCCAUGUACUUGUGCGUGGUUUUCAUUAAAAAGGAAUAAUAGUUCUGGAAUAUCAGCUUUGUUUUUGAACACAAAAGUAAUAGUUGACUCUGAAGAGCUGAUAAUUUUCUCACUCGAUGGUUUGUCACUCAGUGUGACUCCACUUAGUGGCUGCUCACUUGCUCUAAAUGACACAGUAAUGAACGGUCUAGAACUCAAUCUUGGACAUGGCUUUCGAUCUGUGGAAUGUGAAAUCUUUCGAGUUGAUGGCAUUAAGAAAAAUCCAAGCUUCAUAAAGAAGAUGGUGACCGCCAAACAGCACCGAGGAAAAUUAAUCUCUGCUCUCAGAGCCUACAAGCCUUAUAAGGACCUGGUUUCAGGUUCGUAUUCUCUUGGUGGGCCCAGUAGGCUCAGGAAAGUCGAGCUUUUUCAACUCAGGAAGUCUGCUUUCCAAGGCCACCUAACUCGCCAGGCCAUUGUGGGGUCUGACGAAAGCAGCAUCACCAAGCAGUACAGAGUUUAUUCUAUUAAAGAUGGAAAAAGCGGGGAAACACUCCCAUUUAUGCUGUGUGAUUCAAUGGGGCUGGAGGAGGGGGAGGAAGCCGGGUUGUGCAUAGAUGACAUUCCUCACAUCUUAAAAGGCUGUGUACCAGACAGGUAUCAGUUCAACCCCUGUGAGCCGAUGAAGCCGAAGCACUUCCCUCACGCCGCCUCGCCGCCUCUGCAGGACAGGAUUCACUGCGUGGCUUUUGUCCUAGACAUCAACUCUGUUAAUACACUACCUGAUAAAAUGGUGGCAAAGCUGAAAAAAAUUCGCAAAGAUGUCGUAGACUGUGGUAUAGGAUAUGUAGCCUUGCUUACAAAUGUGCAGGAGUAUGAUGAAGUUCUUGAUGACAAUUUUGCAAACAUGACAGAAACUGUGACUUCUCUAAGCCAGGUGCAGAAUGUCCAAAAAAUGCUAAAUAUUCCUAUAGCCAAUAUCUUGAUGGUCAGCAAUUAUGCUUCAGAGCGAAGGUUGGAGCCUAUGAAGGAUAUUCUGGUCUUUGCUGCUCUCAGGCAGAUGUUGAGGGCUGCGGAUGAUGCCUUAGAGGAUUUGCCUCUUGAGGAUACUGGUAACCUGGCUCCUUUCUAAAGCACUGUCUUUUGGGAAACCCUCAGCUGUAGUUCACUAGGGUGUUUGGGGACCAUUUUCCCAGCCCUGACAUGUAUUGUAAUAUGUGCUAGCUUCUGCUUUUGCUUGCCUUGUUUUGGAGCAAUCUGAGGAUUGGCACAUGCUGCUGUGACAUUAGUGUCCCUGGUUUUAGUUUAAACCUGGUUGCCACAAGAAGAGGCAUUCUGCUGAAAGCCUUUGUUAAUGUUCGCUGUCCUUCAAUAAUGAGUCACAUAUUAAAAAUGCAAACCCUGAGAAGUGGAGAGAGAAAGGUCCUAGGAAAAAUGGGCUUCCAUAUGCCCACACCAUCUACAGUUUUAUAUGUGGAGGACAGAAGUGUCAGAUCCCCCCGGAACUGAAACAGGGGUUCAUGAACCAUCCAGUGUGUGUACACAUAUACAUGUGUCUUUCUCAAGCUCCUUAGGCAAAACAAAUUUGGCUUUGCUUUUCCUUCUCCAGUACAUUAUACAACUCUAUGUACCCGAAUUGAUUGCACAGUAGUUAGAAAAUGAUGUAGAUGUCUGCUAUUCCAAAUGGAGCAUGAGUUCUUGAGAAACAGGACUGGAUUUGCCUUGUAGUCCCAGAGCUCAUCACAAGGUCUACUAAGCAUUAAGGAUCCUCAUUAUAAGUCCUCUGUACCACUUUCUCUAACAAUGAUAUUUACUUAGAUAUCCACUCCAUAUGGAUGGGAAGAUAUGGAGAGUGAGAUGCUGGAAUGAGGACAAGGAAAUAAAGCAUGGAGUGAGUUUCACUUGUCUCUGGUUGAAAGCAUGAAUGUCUCUAAACACAUUUAAAGGAAUUGAAAAGAGCCAAUAUUUGUUAACAACUUGAUUAAUUAUAGUAAUGUUUUAAUUUCAUGAA